CAAUGAAAAUCGAAAUUGUUUUAGCCUUGGCCCUGGUGAUAAGCACCUCCCUCGUUGACUUUGGGCAAGGGGCAAAAAUCUUAUCAAUUUUUCCUUAUCCAGGACCAUCACAGUAUAUCUAUAUAUCGGCGCUAUUAAAAGCCUUGGCGGAAAGGGGUCAUGAGGUUACCUCAAUAUCAACAUAUCCUCAAAAGGAGAAAUUAAAGAAUUUUCGUGAUGUUGCAGUAAUGGAAAAUAUUCAUUUGUUUGAAGGUUUCAUAGAAGAAGCUGCUUCUGGAGAGAAAAAAUCAUAUAUUCAAGAAUUCCUUGAACUGGCUGAACCUGGCAAACUAGUGGUCACCAAUGUUUUGGAGAAUGCUGAAGUCAAGAAGAUAAUGAAGAAUGAAAAGUUCGAUUUAAUCAUAUCAGAAGUUUUGGUAUCAGAAGCAUUGCUGGGCUUAGGGGAACAUUUUAAGGCGCCCAUAGUGGCUGUCUCCACCUUUGGUACCAUUAACUUCAUAGACUAUCUGGUGGGCAACACUUCACCUCUAUCCUAUAUACCACACAUCAGUGUACCCUAUGGCAAUCAUAUGUCGCUUAAAGAGAGGGCGGCAAACUUGCUAAUGGAAACUGUGGACCAAUUGUGUUUUAACCAUUUCGUAUUGCCGCUUCAGGAGGAGAUCUACAGGAAAUACUUCCCCUCGGCCCAACUCAGUUUAGAUCAAGCUCGUAAAAAUGUUUCCUUGGUAUUGUUGAAUGAUCAUUUUACACUACGUUUCCCCAGACCCUAUGUGCCCAACAUGAUUGAAGUUGGAGGAUUGCAUGUUAAGGCAAAUCCAGACCCUUUAACUGAAGAUCUGCAAGAAUAUUUGGAUAAGGCUUCAGAAGGUGUGAUAUACUUUUCCUUGGGAUCGAAUAUACAAAGUAAGGAUCUUUCAUCAAACUCCUUAAAAGUCCUGCUGGAGGGUUUUAGAGAAUUGAAAAUCAAAGUUUUGUGGAAAUUUGAAGCCGAAGAUUUGCCCGGCAAACCGGAUAAUGUUCUCAUACGAAAAUGGUUCAAUCAACCAGCCAUUUUGGCUCAUCCCAAUGUGAAGCUUUUCAUUAGCCAUGGUGGUUAUAUGAGCACAAUUGAGACCAUAUUCCAUGGCACGCCCGUGCUAGGAUUACCGAUUAUUGCUGAUCAAUUUAUGAAUGUGAAGAAUGCUGUUAAAGCUGGCUAUGCUUUGGAAUUACAAUUGAAUGAAAUGACCAAGGAUAGCUUUAAGAAGACCAUAAAAGAGCUUUGGAGUAAUCCCAAAUAUUCAGAAGCUGUUGGACGUUUAUCGAAACGCUACAGAGAUCAACCAAUGACACCCUUGGAGACUGCCAUCUAUUGGGUUGAGUAUGUGCUGCGCAAUGAGGGAGCACCGUAUAUGCGGAAUGCUGGACAGGAUUUAAGUUUUAUGGAAUAUCAUAAUCUCGAUGUAUUUCUGCUAUUGGCGGCAGGAGUUAUCCUGAUAUUUGUUGUUAUUUUUUAUGCUAUUUGUUCAUUGAAAAAAAUGUGUUUCAAAGCGGGUAAAGUUUCUAAGAAUUCUAAAAAAGACAAAUUGAAGAAACGUUAA